AUGGUGCACGCCCUAACUGGACAUUGCCCGUCUCCCUUCUUGCAGGAGACGCUAUUUCCCUCCACCGGGGGAUUUAUCGAUGGUCGCUAUUGCGAGAAGAUUACCUUAGGCAACAGUACUUAUUCAUGUUGCUUGCCAUGUCCUCUCGCCGAGUGGAGAUAUGAUACUGACUUGGCCGAUAAGAUCGCCGUCACGAGUUGGAUUAGUGUCGCCAUUCUCCCUCUAUGCAUCUUCUUGUUGAUUUCGUACGCCGUAUUACCCGUCAAAUGGACUCACCGUCAUUAUCUAAGUCUCGCCUUUAUCAUCCCUCUCGGCGCCAAACCAGACCAGUGCCACAAUGCAAUCACCCCUAAUGAUAUGCGCUCCGAUCUUUCCUGUGCCUUCUCCGGAUCUUUCUUGUUAUUCGGAGGCUGGCUAGUGGUCAUCUGGAGUUUUAUCCGUACAAUGGCCUUUCACCUACAAGUAUGCUGGGAAAUAGUUCUAGGCCCGAAGUUCAUGUGGACAGCCUUUGUCUGCGGAUUCGGGAUUCCAGCCAUUGGCAUGACCGUUAUGCUGAUCCUGACUGGAGUGUCAUUCCGAUUCGGCGAAAUCUGCCAUAUCAACGUAACCAACGCACUAUACGACUACUGGAUCCCCGUUAUGAUCUUUGCUGCUGCUGCCCUCUUCCUCCAACUAUCAACAAUGGUCUACUGCACCCACAUCUACCUCCGUUCCCUUUUCGACAAAUCCGCCUCGACAACAGGCAGUUCCGGCACCAACCUUCCUUCCUACUCAGCCAGCAUCGGCACCGUGACAGCCCGACAAGCCUAUCGACGCGUACGCCGCGUCCUGAAGCUCCAAUGGCGUGGCAUCGCCCUCACAUCAAUCAUUCUCGGCAACGUAAUCUUCUUCGCAGUCGUCUUCAUCAACCUCGACAAUGCCGUCGCCCCAACAGCAAGAAACGUCAAAACCGCAACUCCCUGGCUAAUGUGUCUCGCCCAAACCGGCGACAAAGACCUAUGCCGCACCCAUGCCGCAGCCAUCGGCCCCAACGAAGCAACCCUACUAGCAGUGGUAAUCCUUCUUUCCCUCGUCGGCUUCUGGAACUUCAUCCUCUUCGCCCGCCCCUCCAUGUUCGCCGGCUGGCUCGAUCUCUUCCGCACCAAAAUAGCACAACGCAACGAGUUCGUCUCCGUAGACGCAACCAACCGCUUCGCCAAUAACAAGGGCUUCGAAAUGCUCACCACUGUCAAAUCACCCGAUACAUACAUGCGCUCGCCAAGCCCAACACGAUUGGGACCUGAUCGCAAAGACUUCAUGCGCUCACCAAGUCCUCCACGAAUGGGGCCUGACCGGAACGCUUUCAUGCGUUCACCAAGCCCUACCCAAAUGGGCGGGACUGACCGCAGCGUAUUCAUGCCCUCCCCGAGCCCUACACAGGCUGGAUUCGGCCGUAGUCCGACCAGCCCCAGCCCGAGCAUGGACCGUUCCCAUAUCGCUCGUGAGGCCCGCUAUGUGCGGCCCUCGCUGAGUUUUUCCGGGCCUAGGCCGCCUAGCUCGUUACAUAGUGCACGCGAGUGGGAUCCUCAGUCUACGUUUGCGCCAGGGUAUGGGCGAGUGUAA